AUGGUGGCAGCUCAAGGGCUUAUGGCAAUGGCCAUGUGUGCCGUAUCAUCGGCGUUCAUGCUUGCUCCAACGCCAAUGUCGAUUCCGAGUACCAUAAGUCGGAGUGCACGAGGAACAACAAGAGUGCCUGCAGCACGUUAUGCGACGUCUUCGGUGAGCAUGUCGGUGGCGGAAGAAGGCCACAAGUUCAUCAUCAUCGGCGGGGGUACGGCUGGGUGUGUUCUGGCGAACCGCCUCUCUGCCGACAAGGACAAUUCAGUGCUGGUGUUGGAGGCCGGCUCGGAAAAAUUCAAUGACAGGAAUAUCAAGAUGCCCAUCGCAAUCCUAAGGUUGUUCAAGUCUGUCUUCGACUGGGGCUUCCAGUCGGAAAACGAGAAGUUUGCCACCGGCGACGGCAUCUACCUCUGCCGUGGCAAGGUCCUCGGCGGGUCUAGCUGCACCAACGUCAUGCUUUACCAUCGCGGAGAGGAGGCUGACUAUGACGCGUGGGGGGUGGAUGGAUGGAAAGGCAAGGACGUGCUCCCCUACUUCAAGAAGGCGGAGAACAACCGAUCCAAGAAAAAGGGGGAGUUCCACGGCAAGGGAGGCCUGAUGCAGGUGGAAAACGCGCGUUACAUGAACCCUUUGACGAAGUUGUUCUUCAAGGCGUGCGAGCAGGCAGGCCUGUCGGAGAACGAGGACUUCAACGAUUGGUCCCACUCGCAGGAGGGCUUCGGUCGCUUCCAGGUUGCACAGAAGAGAGGCAAGCGCUGUUCGGCAGCCUCCUCCUACCUCAAGGAAGCCAUGGGGCGCAAAAACCUGGACGUGCAGACCAGCGCCCAGAUCACCAAGGUCUUGAUCGAGAACGGCGGUGCCAUAGGCGUUGAGUACGUGCGGGAUGGCGAAAAGAAGAUCGCCAAGCUUGCCGUGGGCGGAGAGAUCCUGCUAGCAGGAGGUGCCAUCAGCUCACCGCAGGUGCUGAUGCUCAGUGGGGUGGGUCCGGCCGAGCACUUGAGGUCCAAGGGCAUCGAGGUGAAGAGCAAUGUGCCUGGGGUCGGAAAGAACCUCCGCGACCAUCCCGCUGUCACCGUGAUGGCCGACAUCAACAAGCCUAUCUCCAUCACCGACAAGGUUCUCAAGGAGGGCUCUGGGGACGUGAACAAAAUUACGGCCCUUCAGUGGCUGUUGACGGGAACUGGGCCGCUGACCUCGCCAGGGUGCGAGAACGGCGCGUUCUUCAAGACCACGCCUGACAAAGCGGCGGCAGAUCUGCAGUUGCGAUUUGUCCCUGGAAGAUCCACUACCCCAGACGGGGUGAAGGCGUACAACACUAUUGGCACCAAGGGGAGGCCUCCUUCGGGUGUCACCGUGCAGGUGGUGGGGAUCCGGCCGCAGAGUGAAGGCCACGUCGAGCUGCGUUCUUCGGACCCGUUCGACAAGCCACACAUCGUCACUAACUACCUUGAGAGUGGGGAGGACAUGGCGUCUUUGACGAACGGAAUCGAAAUGGCACGAAAGCUGUUCGACCAGGAGGCCUUCGGAGAAAUGGUGGACAAAGAAGUCUUCCCCGGCAGAGACAACAAGGAGAUCUCGGAGUACAUCAAGUCUACCGUGCACUCCGCCAACGCCUUGGUUGGCACUUGCAAGAUGGGCGAAGAAUCAGACAACAUGUCUGUUGUGAACUCGGCACUCAAGGUAAAGGGUGUUGCCGGGCUGAGGGUGAUCGAUUCUUCGGUGAUGCCUUCAAUCCCCGGCGGUCAAACAGCGGCACCGACGAUCAUGAUCGCAGAGAAAGCGGCGGACAUGCUCAUGGCUUAGGCGAAACGCCAAAGUACGUAAGAGGCGUGGCUAUUUUAGGCGUAAGAGUCAGGCCAUUUCGUGUACAUUUCGAGUUUGACCCAAACUGACUGGGGUUUCGUAUCUUUGCAAUUGACGCGUUUCGCGCGAAGCUCGGGAACCCACUUCUGUCGAAUGAUGUGGAGCAAGGUUUAGGCUUUUGACUUUUCCUCGAGCGUUUUUUAUGUGAAAGAACUUAGUUCGGCAUUCACCGUAUUGUGCGUCCGUCGGGGAAAGGGAAGGAGGCGAAUAAGUAGUCAACCCACGGGUGCGCCCGUCAGAUUAGAAUUGCGUUUUAUAAAGUACAUGUGC